UGCAGUAGUUGCCCUCCAUUUAUGAAAGAGAAGAGAACCUUUCCCCUGCGACAAGCUCAACUGAAAAUUUGGAAAAAAGAAAUGACCAGGCCACACAGCUACUGCUGCCUCCUACUCCUGCGUAGUAGCCGGAACGCAGUAAAGAUGCCGAGUUAAUACCACCUCCCCUCUCCUCACCAAACCAAACCAUCUCUCUCUCUCUUCUUUCUCUCUGAGCCCGUGUGUGUUUCUUGGGGCUGAGCUGUUUGCUCUCCUGGUCUUCUUCUCUUCUCUUCUACUGCUUCCUGGAUAAAAACAAGAGGCAGGAGGAGGCAAAGGAGACGUGAGAUGUAAGCAAGGAGCACACACACACACACACACACACUGAGCUGAGCUGAGCUGCAGAGAGGUUGUCGUCAAGGAGAGGAAGAGAGAAAGAGAGAGAAGCAGAGCAGAGGAGAGCAUUUGGUAUUUGUUCUUCAUCUCUGCUUCCGCCAUGAAGUUCAUGAAGCUUGGGUCCAAGCCGGACGCCUUCCAGACCGACGGCGGCGGCGACUCCAGAUAUGUGUUGUCUGAACUUCCAUCAGACAUUGUCAUCCAUGUGGAGGAGGCAAGGUUCUACCUGCACAAGUUCCCCUUACUAUCCAAGAGUAGCCUUCUACAGAGGCUGAUCAUUGAGGCCAGCCAGAAUGGCACUGAUGAAGUUUACAUCCAUGACAUCCCUGGUGGAGUGAAAAUAUUUGAGAUCUGUGCAAAGUUCUGCUAUGGCAUGGUUGUGACCCUCAACGCGUACAAUGUCGUCGCCGCAAGAUGUGCAGCCGAGUUACUUGGGAUGACUGAAGAUGUUGACAAGAGCAACCUGGUGUUCAAGAUCGAGGUGUUCCUCAACUCCGGCAUCUUCAGAAGCUGGAAAGACUCGAUCAUAGCGCUGCAAACCACUGAUGCAUUGCUACCAUGGUCAGAGCAGCUGAAGCUGGCUGCAAGAUGCAUUGACUCCAUUGCUUCCAAGGCUACCUCCAACCCCUGCAAUGUGGUGUGGUCAUACACAUACAACCGGAAAUCGGCGUCGUCCGAUGAGAUUGUGGAAGCGAGGAAGAACUCGCAGCCGGUUCCGAAAGACUGGUGGGUUGAGGAUCUGUGUGAGCUGGAUGUAGACCUCUACAAGCGUGUCAUGGUUGCUGUCAAGUCCAGAGGAAGGAUCACUUCUGAUGUUGUUGGGGAAGCUCUCAAGGCCUAUGCUUCAAGGUGGCUUCCUGAAUGCUUCGACACCGCGGCAAUCGAUGACGACGCCUACUCCAUGGCGUACAACCAUCUGCUCGAGACGAUCGUCUGGCUGCUGCCGUCAGACAAGGGGUCAUCGUGCUGCUCAUGCCGGUUCUUCCUCAAGCUUCUGAAGGUCGCCGUCCUGAUCGGCUCCGGUGAGAUGCUGAAGGAGGAGCUCAUGGACAGGGUGAUCCUUCAGCUGCACAAGGCCUCUGUCUGUGACCUCCUGAUCCCGGCAAGGCCACCGGCGUUGACCACCUACGACAUACAGCUGGUGCUGACGCUCGUCGGCAGGUUCAUGAGGCGAGCCGGAGUGACUGAAGAUGGGAUCUUCCUCAACAACCUUGAUCAAGAGAUGUUCGAGACCGACGUCGACGAUGAAUCUUUGCUCGCACUGUCCAAGAUUGUUGAUGGAUACUUGGCUGAGGUCGCCUCUGAUCCAAACCUGUCGGUCUCGAGCUUCGUUGCAGUGGCGACCUCCAUGCCUGAUGCAGCAAGAGCAACCCAUGAUGGACUGUACACCGCCAUUGAUGUCUUUCUCAAGUUGCAUCCGAAUUUGCCGAAGGCGGAGAAGAGGAAGAUCUCGAGCUUGAUGGACGUGAAGAAGCUGUCCAAGGAGGCAUGCAUCCACGCGGCGCAGAACGAUCGCCUCCCGCUCCGCGUCGUCGUGCAGGUGCUCUUCUUCGAGCAGCUGCGCGCCGCGGCGGGGGGCAACAACCCGGCGGCGGCGGCGGCGGCGGCGAGCGGCGGCAUUGCGCGGCUUCUGGUGGAGGAGGAGGACGAUGACGACGACGAUGUCGGCGGCGGAGGCGGUGGGGACUGGAGCAAGUCCCGCGCGCUGCCGACGCCGACGCCGUCGCUGCUCAAGAAGCAGCUCGGGAGCCUGAAGCUCGCCGCCGCCGGCGACGAGGGCGGCGGCGGCGACGACGGGCGGCAGCUGGCGAGGGUGAGCAGCGUGGCGAACCAGAGCAGCAGGCUGUCGCUGUCGUCGCGGUCGCGGCGGAUGUUCGACAGGCUGUGGGCCGGCGGGAAGCCGCCCGGCGGCGAGGUGGUCAGCAAGAGCUCCGACACGUCGGGGAGCUCGCAGAGCCCGAGGUCGUCGGCGAAGCCGCCGGCGUCCAAGUCGUCGAGCUCGUCGUCGAGGAAUCGGCGCUACUCCGUCUCGUAGUCUAGCUAGCGCGCUGGCAUUGCAUUGCAUGUGUACAGGGGAAAGGAGAGAGAGAGCUUGGUCCAUCAGCAAUGGCGAUGAGCUAGAGUAGUAGUGAUAAUCGUCUCGCAUCUCUGAAGAAUCUGUUCAGAAUUUCAGACUCGCUCGAGCAAAAACAGGAUGCAGCUAGAAAUUCUGUCAUCUGAGACAAAAGAGUAAUCCCCUGGUUUUUGUUCCAACUACGCUUAGCUUGGUGAUAAUCUGUGCAAAUUAAUCCUUUU